AUGUCGCGUACUAUUGUGCUUGGGCUCGGCUUCGUGCUGCUUGUCUGUUACUCUGGCAAACUCGCGGAGUCGAGCAGCGAUGCGCAACACGUAGCAGACGGAAAGCUUAGCCGAGACGGCGCCAAUGCGUUGUGUGCACUGAAAGAAACCGUACAAAAGAUUGGAACAGAAGGAGCAGACAACCUCGUCAAGAAGGCUGAAGACAAUGUGACGCAUCUCAAGGACUACCGGAAGCGGGUAGGAUAUUUUGGCAGUCAGGUGAUCUCACUUUCUGGCCGUGGCGAUCCAGAUUCGGAUGACGACGCUAAAAAAGAACUUAAGGAGUUUUGCGAAGAGGCGGAAAAUGAAACGAGGGAUGACUUACGGGAUGCCAAAGAGCUAUAUACCGAAAUUGAAAAGGACGCAAAAAAGAGUAAGGAAGCGGCAAAGGCCACAUUGGGAGAAGAAGCGAAAGGUACCGACUCCAAGGGACUCUCCGGAGUUCUGCACCGGCACUGUGGAGAAAGUCAAGGUAAGAACAAAGCACCGAGUCAACACUGCGACACUGAUGUAUACAAUAACGAAUCUGACGGUGGAAAGUAUACAAUUUCCUGCGGCACAGACAAUACCCAUCACCGCGGAUCGCCUUCAGCACGUCUACACAAAGCAUUUGAUGAGUGGGAGAGCAAGAAACCGAAGAAAGCGGGUGGUAAUUUGAAGUGUGGAGCCGCCGCCGAAAACAGCUCGAGCCCCUGCACCGUGUCGGAAGGAUGGAAAGAAAACUAUGAAGAACUGAAUGUAAGUUUAAGUACCCUCGAGGAGAACGGACAUCACAUAGAAAACGCGACCCGUGAAGGGGCAAAGAGGCUCACCUCAGUGUAUUUGGCCUACAAAAUGCUCAAGGACGGCAAAACAGCUGGUGAAGCUCUGCAGGAGGCCAAAUCGAGGCUGGAAGGAAAUGAUACCGACUGUCCGGAAGAGGGCAAAAACAGCUCCAGGUGCCUUAGCAAUGAUGACUUGCUCAGCGGGGCACGAGAUCAUUUUAUAUUUCCGUUGACGAUACCCGAGUUGCUGAUGUACGUUGGUAUCCCUCUUCUUGUUGUGUUGAUCGGGGUGGUACUGUUCUGUAUUUUCCGAGCCCGCAAAAAGGAUAGGAAGGAAGAUGUGGCCUCCGGUAGCGUUCACCAAGGCAAGGGAAUGCCGUCGACAAACAUCGACCCGUUUUAA